AUGAGGCCACCACCUACACGGUUGUUAGCGGAGGACAUGAUCAUCGAGAUCCUCCUUAAGCUUCCAGUGAAAUCCCUUCUGCGAUUCAAGUGCGUGUGUAAAUUUUGGAAAACUCUAAUCUCCAGUCCCCAGUUCGUGAAGGCCCACCUCAACACCUCUAGGACAAACAUGUCCCGCCAACAAUUGGUCUAUCUGGCAGGUUCCGAAAUCGAAAUCAACGAAUUGGUAAUGUAUUCUGUGCAGUCAUUGUUUGAACACCCAUCAGCCCCUCUAAAAACUCUUAGUUUUAUGGUGGAGAACAAGUACAGAUUUAUCAUAGGUUCAUGCAAUGGGCUGCUGUGUUUGUUUGGUUGGGAUGGUUGUUUCAAAUUGUGGAACCCCUCUACCAGAUUGAUAUCCAAGAGUUCACCACCCACGGAUUUGUUUUUUGUGCCAUAUCCGGACACACAUUAUGGCUUUGGUUAUGAUCAUGUUAACGACAAGUACAAAGUGUUAGUUAAUUGCGGUCCUAAAGAGACCCAAGUUCAUACAUUUGGCACUAAAUUUUGGACAACAAUUAAGACAUCCUUCUGUGGGCUGUAUACAUGGACUAAGUUAGGGAAAUUUGUGAGUGGUACUUUGAAUUGGUUGACUUGGGAUGAAGAUCAUAUAAUUUCUUUUGAUGUAAAGAAUGAGACUUAUGGUGAAGUUUUACUCCCUCCUCAGUUGGAUGGUGACCGGUGCCGGUACAAUUACGUAUUGGAUGUCUUGAGUAACUGUCUUUGUUUGUGUUACUCUGAUGAAGUUAAUUCUGUUGUGUGGUUGAUGAAAAAGUAUGGCAUUCAAGAUUCUUGGACUAAAUUAGGGUUGAUCCCUGAUGAAAUGGUUUCUACUAUGCGUCUUCUUUCUUUUCACCCCUUGUGCAUUUCAGAAAAUGGUGUUGUUCUCGCGAAAUCUUAUGGUUCCCGAUUAAUUGUAUAUAACCCAAAUAGUGGCACGUUUUGA